AUGGAUGUCGAUGAUAUUUCCAGGGAAGAUACAAAUGAAUGUGAUGACAUACCAAACAUAUGUGGAUCCAACUCACACUGCACCAACACCAAUGGAAGCUUCAACUGUUCCUGCCUGAGUGGAUAUCGGGAAACCAAUGUGAAUCAAACCAUAAGUGGCAGCAAUCAGUGCACAGAUAUUAACGAAUGCGUUGUGAUUCUAAACCUUUGUGGCCAACACUCAAACUGUGCCAAUACCAAUGGAAGUUACAACUGUUCCUGCUUGACUGGAUAUCAAGUGGCCAAUCCAAACCAAUCCAUAAGUUAUAGCAAUCAGUGCACAGAUGUGGAUGAAUGCCUUCAGACACCAUCAGUCUGUGGUCCAAACUCAGUCUGCAACAACACCAUUGGAGACUACAACUGUACAUGCUUGAGUGGAUAUAAUGUGACUGAUCCAAGUGUGCGAAGUAGUGCUAACAAUUCCUGCACUGAUACAAAUGAAUGCAAUGACAUACCAAACAUAUGUGGACCCAACUCAAACUGCAUCAACACCAAUGGAAGCUUCAACUGUUCUUGCCUGAGUGGAUAUCGGGAAACCAAUGUGAAUCAAACCAUAAGUGACAACAAUCAGUGCACAGAUGUGGAUGAAUGCCUUGAGAUUCCACCAGUCUGUGGUCCAAACUCAGUCUGCAACAACACCAUUGGAGACUACAACUGUACAUGCUUGAGUGGAUAUAACGUGACUGAUUCAACUGUGCGGAGUAGUGCUGAAAAUCCAUGUACAGAUAUUAACGAAUGCGUUGUGAUUCUAAACCUUUGUGGCCAACACUCAAACUGUGCCAAUACCAAUGGAAGUUACAACUGUUCCUGCUUGACUGGAUAUCAAGUGGCCAAUCCAAACCAAUCCAUAAGUUAUAGCAAUCAGUGCACAGAUGUGGAUGAAUGCCUUCAGACACCAUCAGUCUGUGGUCCAAACUCAGUCUGCAACAACACCAUUGGAGACUACAACUGUACAUGCUUGAGUGGAUAUAAUGUGACUGAUCCAAGUGUGCGAAGUAGUGCUAACAAUUCCUGCACUGAUACAAAUGAAUGCAAUGACAUACCAAACAUAUGUGGACCCAACUCAAACUGCAUCAACACCAAUGGAAGCUUCAACUGUUCUUGCCUGAGUGGAUAUCGGGAAACCAAUGUGAAUCAAACCAUAAGUGACAACAAUCAGUGCACAGGUAAAUGA